AUGUACACACAGACACAUGUACGUACACACACACACACUUGUACAUGCACACAAUACAUGUACACACACAACACAUGCACGUACAUACACGCAGACACAUGUACAGAUACACACAUGUACAUAAACACACAAAUACACACACAGCCCUAUAAAAAGUUGCAGUUACCUUCACUCACAGAGCCGGGUACUGCACUCUAGGGGGAGGCAGAGAGCACAGCACACACUCCUUCCUUUGCUUUCACUUUGCUCAACUAUUGAGCAGUCUGACGGCUCCCAGUGAGAGUGACAGAUCCGGCCCUGAGUUCCGAGCCUGCUCAGCAAGACGGCCCGGGGGACACACUCACCCCCACCAUAAUUUCCACUCGCCAAUGUGAGCAGGCGAGUGGAAAUUUCAAGGCCUGGUGCAGGG